AACACAUUUUUUUUAGAAGUUUGCUAGGAAAUUCUUUGGAGACAUAAGCUGUGAAUAACUAAACAAAGAAAUUAAACAAACUGGCAUCCUUGUUGAUAUAACGCCAUUUGUAAAACAUAAUACUUACACAUUAAAGCAGUUUCGAGUACCAAAUAAAUUAUUUUGUGAUUUGCCAAGAAUGACAAGUAUUGGGGAUCUUUUCACAAAAUAUAAUUGUACAAAUUGCCAGGACGAUAUCUCCGGUAUUCGUGUACAUUGUGCAGAAUGUGAAAAUUUUGAUUUAUGUCUUCAGUGUUUUGCCUCCGGGGCGGAGAUUGGCACACAUCAAAAUAAUCAUGCUUAUCAAUUUAUGGAUACCGGCACCGCAAUAUUGUCUGUAUUUCGAGGCAAGGGCGCUUGGACUGCAAGAGAAGAAAUACGACUACUUGAUGCUAUAGAACAAUAUGGAUUUGGAAAUUGGGAAGAUAUAAGUAAACACAUUGAGACGAAGUCAGCAGAGGACGCCAAAGAAGAAUAUGUGAAACGAUUCGUUAAUGGCGCAAUUGGUCUUCACACUUGGACACCUGCCCAAUCACAACGACCCUUGUUAGUUGAUCACACUUCUGAGGACAGUGGACCUUUGGGCGCCACAGCUUUACAACGCCUGCCUCCUUUGGACAUUACGAAUGAAGAAGCUGCUCAGUUAGGUUAUAUGCCAAAUCGGGAUGGGUUUGAACGUGAAUAUGAUCCCACAGCUGAACAGUUAAUAUCGACAAUGUCGCUCAGCACAGAAGACACCGAAGCUGAUUAUUUAUUAAAAUUGGCUCACGUCGACAUGUAUACACGUCGUUUACGUGAACGAGUACGACGUAAAAGGCUGGUUCGUGAUUAUCAACUUGUAGCUAACUUCUUUCGCAAUCGUAAUUAUGCACAACAUCCAGGCAUGACACGUGAGCAAAAAGAGUUCCGUGACCGUUUUCGUGUCUUUGCUCAAUUUUACACAUCAAAUGAGUACGAGCGACUACUGAUGUCCCUCGAACGGGAAAAAGAGUUGCGUAUACGUUUGGCUGAGCUAUGUCGCUAUAGAUUCAACGGAUUAACUAAAAUUGACGAGUGUCGACACUUUGAACAACAUGCAGCUAUGUCUUUGAAUCGUUCCACUGGGCCCUAUGGUCAUGGAAAAACUUUUGCGUGUAUUAUCGGCACACCAAGCGGCGAACGUUUGAACGGAUGUAUAAGACAAUGUUUAACCACAGGACAACACGCACCUCAGCAUUGGAAGUCGUCGGCAGCUAGGCUCUUCCUUACACUCUCCACAACACAGCAGCAGAAAACCCGAGCUGUCAAACGGAGGCGAGGCAAAUCUAAAUUCAAUCGCGUCAAGAAACACGCUCCACACCGGCGACCUGACCUCCUCCGGCGCAUUAUUGCACAACAGAAAUUACUUGGAUAGCUGUCGGGAAUCGUCGGUUCAUACGACGAUAUCGCAAGCGGGGAUGAUAGUGGGAGCGGGCACGAUGACUACAACCAAGUUAACGAACGGAAAUCUACAGUCAUUGAUACCAAUUCAGCAGUAUACGACGACGAUGGGAAUAAAAAAUCAACAAACACCACAAUUACAAAUAAACGACGUCGCCGUAAGCGGAAAACAACAUCUACAACAACUGCUGUUGCAGGAAAAUAAUAAUUUUGACGUUAAGACACUUCCAAUGAGUAGUAUUUUGCGUGCACAGUUAGAUGAAUUAAAGCACUUGCAACAACCGUUGGGCACCGAUUUAUUAUCUACAAAUGAACAGCAAUUUUGUAAAGACUUCAACCUUCCUCCUACGACAUAUUUAUCCCUAAAGACUUGUUUGCUUAGCGGCGCUCCCAUUGUUAAUCAUUUGUCACCCGUUGAAAACUCUCUAAGAAAGUACUUUAUAAAAGUAGGUUGGCUAAGUCAUUAGACUCACUGAGGUUAUGAUAUUUGUACGCGCAUAUGUGUGAUUUGUUAACAAACAAAUGGAAACUCAACUAUUACUGCUUAAGCCGCCAGCUAAUAUCACGCAUCAACAACGUAAGGUGACAAGGUGUUUAUAUUAAAGUAAUUUAUAAUUGGUAUAAUUCAUAAUCAAAUUAUAUAUAUAACAUUAGAUACAUAAAUUUCACAUAUAUUUGAAGAUCUAUGAAAACUCAAUAUAUAAUAUUUAUUUAGCUUAAAAUUUAGCAAUAAUUAGCAAUUAUCUAAAUGCUUACUUGUAUCAAGUCUUCAUUUUUGGUUUUCUGUAACCAUGUUUUUCUAAGAAUGGUUAAUCCCUAAGAAACGGCCUAGUUUUAAAAUGUCAAAAUCAUUUAUGUAAUGGUAUAAAAUUUAUUUAUUCUUACAUGCAGUAGUUCGCUGUUCGUUUAGUGUGAAUAUAAAAAUAGACAUAUACUAUUAGAAUUUAGAUCUGAAAAUAAAUUAUAAUAUGAAAUUUAUGCUAUAUA